AUGAGUGGAGAUGCUUCUGGUUGCAUGAGACAGAUGGUCUUCGACAAGUUCCCAAAUUUCAAGCUUACCUCACAUCAUUCAGAGUACACUAUCGGCACUGAUCUAGAUCCGUUCAACCGGCCGGAGCAUGUACAUACCUUGAAGGGUCGUGAAUUGUGCUUCUUCGUGGUUUUUUACACCCUUGCUGUCUCCUUGAUAGUACUGGUGUUCGAGUUCUUCAUGCCGGUGCUCUUCAAUCCAAAUUAUCCUAACACGGAUUGA